UUGACAAUGUAGCCUGGUCUACUACCGAGUAUAGACGGUUCACUCGUACGGGUGAGGAUUUUAAUCCCUGGCCGCCAGGACUGUUCAUUUGGGGUUUAGGGUAAAUAGAAAAAAAUAGUGGUGAGCAUAGAGUGGUGUUCUACCUUGGAUUUUCUUAAUUUUAAGGCAGUGAGUGGUUGUCCGAAGUGACAAAUUAACAAUGGAAAAUAAAUAAUGAAGUGGAUGCGCCAGGCCUGCUGUAGUAGCUGUAAUAGCUAGCUAGUAGCUAGCAGCAGGACAGGAACAGCACAAAACAUCUGCAGCCGAUUCCAGCGCUGGAGGGGCACUGACCUGAGGGUAACCGAGCCUCAUACGAGGUCCGAUUGAUAGCAUUAGCUAGCUAACUUUGAGUGACUAGCAACACGAUAUCAUAAUAUGCAAGUCUAUUGCUCGCUAAAUCCCAUGAUUGCAAAUGUGCAUCAAUAAAGUGUUUAACAUUGCUGUGUGCUAGUUUUCCGUCUUGUGGAAGAAAAAAGGAAGUUGGUUAACGCGGUGGCUAGCUAGCCUGCUAGCUUCUUCAGGACCAGUAUCCAAAUAACUAGCUAGCGAACGCUGCGCUCUUUUCCGAAGUUGAAAUAAGACUGCAAGCCAAGAGUUCAUACUCUAGACACUUCCGAAAUUAGGUGGAUUUAAUGCGAUCCUUUGUUCAGAUUUGCUGGAAGGACUUAGUAAGACCACCAACGGUAACAAAACUUCACAAAUUUGCGGAAUACUCCGAGAACCAACAAUGGGGGAAAAUGACAACAUGGACUAUUUUUACCAGCAAGUAUUACAGAAGGACGUGACUCGGCGGCUGCAGGUUGGCCAAGAUCUGAUUGACUACCUCAACGAUCCCCAUAGGUCGUCUGAUGUCGACCAGGAAAAACCUCGUUUGGAUAAAACUAUUGAUGAGCUAACGGCAUGGGUAAAUUCAAGCAACUAUAAGGUGGCAUUGGUGGGUCUGGAUAUUGUCAGCGCAUUCAUAGACCGACUGGCAGAGCGCUUCAAAGGAUAUGUGGCAACAGUGGUCCCAGCCCUUGUUGACCGACUCGGCGACUCCAAAGACCAGGUCCGGGAGCAGGCUCAGGCGGUGAUCCUUAAGCUUAUGGAGCAGACCGCGCCAGUCAUGUUCAUUUGGGAACGGCUGCUCCCCGGCUUCAAGCAUAAGAACUUCCGCAGCCGCGAAGGAGUGUGCCUUUGCCUCACCGCCACGUUGAACAUGUACGGGCCGCAGCCUUUGUCCCUCAGCAAAAUCGUUCCGUUCCUCUGCACGCUGACCGGCGACUCCAACGGCCAGGUUCGAGAAACUGCUACAGCGACUCUUGUGGAUGUGUAUCGGUACGUAGGGGAGAGGGUGAGAGCUGACCUGGGGAAAAGGGACUUGCCCAGCGCACGGCUGCAGACUAUAUACAGCAAGUUUGAUGAAGUGCUGAACUCGGGAAACAUGGCCCUAAGCCUCAGUCAAGACAAAAGCUUCGAGGAUGACGAGUCCGUGGACGGAAGCCGACCCUCUUCCUCGCAGUCCGCUUUUAAGGUUCCCACCACCAAGAAGCCGAGCAACCCCGGCAACAGCAGCCGACGGCCAAGCGCCACUGGGGCCGCCAAAAUCGGAGGUCAGUCCAAAGAAGGAGCUGGGGCGAUCGAUGAAGAAGAUUUCAUCAAAGCUUUUACGGACGUCCCCACUGUACAGAUCUAUUCUUCUCGUGACCUGGAGGACAACCUGAACAAGAUCCGUGAGGUCCUGUCUGAUGACAAACAUGACUGGGAUCAGAGGGCCAUUGCGCUGAAGAAAGUGCGGUCGCUGCUGGUUGCCGGGGCAGCAGACUAUGACUGCUUCUAUCAGCACCUGCGUCUGCUGGACGGGGCCUUCAAGCUGUCGGCCAAGGACCUGCGCUCCCAGGUUGUGCGGGAGGCCUGCAUCACUGUAGCCCAUCUCUCCACUGUCCUGGGCAACAAGUUUGAUCACGGUGCAGAAGGCAUUUUGCCUAUCCUCUUCAACCUGAUUCCCAACUGUGCCAAGGUGAUGGCCACGUCGGGGGUGUCGGCGAUCCGGUUCAUUAUCCGGCACACCCACGUUCCCAGGCUGAUUCCCCUGAUCACCAGCAACUGCACCUCUAAAUCUGUGUCAGUGAGGAGGCGUUGUUACGAUUUCCUGGACCUUCUGCUUCAGGAAUGGCAGACACAUUCCCUGGAGAGACACACAGCUGUUCUGGUGGACAGUAUAAAGAAGGGCAUCCGAGACGCAGAUGCUGAAGCCAGAGUGGAAGCUCGAAAGACGUACUGGGGUCUGCGGAACCACUUUCCUGGCGAGGCCGACGCCCUGUACAACUCGCUGGAGCCCUCGUACCAGCGCAACCUGCAGUCCUGUCUGCGCAGCUCAGGCAGUGUGGCCUCCCUGCCCCAAUCUGACCGCUCCUCCUCCAGCUCCCAGGAGAGCCUGAACCGCCCUCUCUCAUCUAAGUGGUCUGCUGCGCCAGGGAGAGUUCCUGCCAGUGCAAAGCCCGUAGGCUCCUCUGGGUCUCUGCAGCGCUCCCGCAGUGACAUUGAUGUUAAUGCAGCCGCUGGCGCCAAGGCGCGUCACAGCGGGAAGACGGGGGCCACCAGCCGGCUGACCCCGUCAAGCCGCCCCACAGGCUCCUACAGCUCACUGGAUGAAGCGUCUGAUAAGACAGAUGGGUCCAUGUCAGAUGAUGGGCGUCUGCGUACCAAGCAGACCCUCAGCACGGUGUCCGGAGGGGCAGGCAGCAGCCAGGUGGACUCACGCGGACGCAGCCGGUCCAAGAUGGUCUCCCAGUCGCAGCGUUCUGAAGAUUCCGAUUGCACGCCAGCGGGCAGCAGGUCGGGUUCUCCUGGCAGGGUUCUGACCAGCACGGCCCUGAGCACAGUGAACUCGGGGGCCCAGCGGGGACUAGCGGGGCCCGGGGCAUCCUACAGAAGGAGCCGAAUCCCACGCAGCCAGGGUUGCAGCCGCGACUCCAGCCCCACCCGGCUCUCCGUAGCCCCGUCAACCCACAGUCAAAUCUACAAUGGUGGGAGCAGAGGAGCGCGGGGAAGCCGGAUUCCCCGGCCUAGUAUGAGUCAGGGCUGCAGCCGGGAAGCCAGCCGCGAGAGCAGCAGGGACACGAGCCCUGUGCGCUCCUUCCAGCCGCUCGCUUCGCGACACCACUCCAGGUCCACUGGAACACUCCACACCCCCGAUGCCUUUGGGGCGGCAGGGUAUGGCAUGAGCCAGUCCAGCAGGCUCUCGUCUUCAGUCAGCGCCAUGCGGGUCCUCAACACUGGCUCCGAUGUGGAGGAGGCCCUGGCCGACGCUCUGCUGUUAGGAGACAUGAGGAGUAAGAAAAAGCCGGCCAGGAGGCGGUACGAGACGUACGGGAUGUACUCGGACGACGACGCCAACAGCGACGCAUCGAGCGCCUGCUCGGAGCGUUCAUACAGCUCGCGCAACGGCAGCAUCCCCACCUACAUGCGGCAGACGGAGGACGUGGCCGAGGUGCUCAACCGCUGCGCCAGCUCCAACUGGUCCGAGAGGAAGGAGGGCCUGAUUGGGCUGCAGAGCCUGCUGAAGAAUCAGAGGACCCUCAGUCGCGUGGAGUUGAAGAGGCUCUGUGAGAUCUUCACCAGGAUGUUUGCAGACCCGCACAGCAAGCUAGAAGUUGUGAAGGGGCAUCUCACAGGCCGGGGGUUUGGCUCGGCAGAAUCCGGUAUAAGCUCAGCCACGUUUAAGAGAGUGUUCAGCAUGUUCCUGGAGACGCUGGUGGACUUCAUCCAGGUACACAAGGAUGACCUGCAGGACUGGCUGUUCGUUCUGCUCACUCAGCUGCUGAAGAAGAUGGGCGCUGACCUGCUGGGCUCUGUACAGGCCAAGGUCCAGAAGGCCCUGGAUGUUACCAGAGAGUCCUUCCCCAACGACCUGCAGUUCACCAUCCUCAUGAGAUUCACUGUGGACCAGACACAGACACCCAACCUCAAGGUGAAGGUGGCCAUACUCAAGUACAUAGAGACUCUGGCCAUGCAGAUGGACGCUCCGGACUUUGUCAACUCUAGCGAGACCCGCUUGGCCGUCUCGCGCAUUAUCACCUGGACCACCGAGCCCAAAAGCGCCGAAGUCCGGAAGGCUGCCCAGGCAGUACUGAUUGCCCUCUUUCAACUCAAUACCCCGGAGUUCACAAUGCUACUGGGGGCGCUACCGAAAACGUUCCAGGAUGGAGCCACAAAACUUUUGCAGAAUCACCUCCGUCACAGCGGCAACUCGUCACAGCAGACUCCCACAGGCAGCCCGCUCACCCGUCACACCCCCCGCUCUCCUGCCAGCUGGUCCAGUCCCCUCACCUCCCCCACCAACACCUCGCAGAACACCCCCUCACCAAGUGCAUUUGACUACGACACGGAGAACAUGAAUUCUGAGGACAUCUAUAGCUCACUGCGGGGGAUGACAGAGGCCAUCCAGAGCUUCAGUGUGCGCAGCCAGGAGGACAUGAACGAGCCCGUGUCUCGCGACGCCAAGAAGGACGGGGAGAGUGAAGCGGGUGGAGUAGGUAGCAGUAGUGCUGACACUCUGGAUUCUGGACGCACGGUGCUGGACAAUAAGACCUCCCUCCUCAACACCAUGCCCCUGCUACACUCCAGCCCCCGUGGCUCCCGUGACUACAACCCGCUCAACUACUCGGACUCUUUAAACAAGUCAGCCCUGAAAGAGGCCAUCUUUGAUGAUGACACAGAACAGUUCCCUGAAGGCGGUAACCAGUCAGAGCUGGUGGCAGAACUUUUGAAGGAGCUGUCCAAUCAUAACGAGCGGGUGGAGGAACGGAAGGCGGCACUGUCAGAGCUGCAGAAAUUGAUCCGGGAAAACCAGCUGGUGGUGUGGGACGAACACUUCAAAACCAUACUGCUACUUCUGCUGGAGACGCUGGGCGAUCGUGAACAUGUGAUCAGGGCCAUGGCUUUGCGAGUGCUGAAGGAGAUCCUGAAUCGGCAGCCUGCGCGCUUCAAGAACUACGCUGAGCUGACCAUAAUGAAGGCCCUGGAGGCGCACAAAGACCCGCACAAGGAGGUGGUGCGAGCGGCAGAGGAGGCGGCGGCCAUGCUCGCCACGUCCAUCAGCCCAGAUCAGUGCAUCAAAGUGCUGUGUCCCAUCAUCCAGACGGCCGACUACCCCAUCAACCUGGCCGCCAUCAAGAUGCAGACCAAGGUCAUUGACCGCGUUCCCAAGGAAGGCCUGAACCAGCUGAUGCCUGAGAUUGUUCCCGGACUCAUCCAGGGGUACGAUAACUCAGAGAGCAGCGUGAGGAAGGCGUGCGUCUUCUGCCUGGUGGCCAUUUACGCAGUCAUAGGGGAGGAGCUGAAGCCUCACCUCAGCCAGCUGUCUGGCAGCAAGUUGAAGUUGCUGAAUCUGUACAUCAAGCGGGCGCAGUCGGGCUCCAGCGGCAGCGAUCCCACGGCGGACAUCUCGGGCCAGGGCUUGUAAAGCAGGAGCAAGAGGAGACUCCUCCCCUCCCCACCCUGACUCGCCCCCCCCGAUCAUGCAUGCUACCCACUGUACCACUCAACUGGGACUUUGGAGGGGUCCGUAGGGCUAGCCCCCUUUUAACAUGGAGAUAUUGCUAACGGCCUCACUCACCCAUCCACCAUCAGUGUUACAGAUCAAUUGUUUGUUUUUUGUUUUGGUAAUAUGAAACCUAAUUUAUGUUUUAACUUUAUACUACCACAAGAAUCAGAUUCAGAUUCAACACAGCAAAACAAUACUGUUUUCACUUAACUAUACUGCAACAUGUAAACUUAGAAUAAUUGAAGUAAAUACUAAACACCUAUUGUCAGUUAUAUACUGUAAGUUUAUCAUUGGAAUGAUGUGUUCACUGACUGUUAUUUCAGUGCUACUAGUACGGUAACAUGCAUCAACCAUUUCUGUUGACAGCCAUUCACCAUGCUAAUGGAACAAGUGUGCUACCAUGGCAAGUUUUUUGCCACCAUGACUGCUUGAGUCAUUGAAUAUGGUGGUUAAGCCUGUAAAUAUGGAUUGCAAAGCUUUUAAUUCCAAAGUGGAGUUUAUGUUUUUAUUCAUGAUUACAGCAUACUGUCGACAACUAAUGGGCUUAAAGACUGAAUUUAUUUUUCUUUCUCCAAAAGAUGUUGCUUGUUAUGGAAAAUGAUUCGUUCUUUUGUGUCAUUUUGGAAUGUUGAUGUCCUUGAUGGUUUUGUCUUUAAUUUGUCCUUUACAAAUUUCUGGAUUUUACAUCAAUCAGUGUCAUCUUCUGAAUCCUGAAUACGCAACACUUGAAGUAGUCCAGGGUCUUCCAUGUUAGUGUGGGUUAGACCGUGCAGGGCCAGGCUGGUCCUCUGGGCCAAAAAAGUGUGUUCUUUUAUUCUGUAAAGUCUUAUUUACUCAGCACUCACCAGGUUACCUGCCCUGUGGCCCAUUUGCCAUGUGCUAGACUGCAUUUAAUGUAUACCCAGCUUUCAGAUCUCACAGAUUCUUUUGGUUAACAAAGUGAUGGAACAACAUUGUGUGAUAUUGGAUGCAUGCAGCUCAACUACAUUUGCCCAUGUUGAAGUCAUCUUACACUGCAACCAGAUACACACACACAAACCAACAUGUUCAGCGUGCAUCUCUGAAUUUAUAGAUGAAAUUAUGGACAGAAUAAUUUUGUUGCUUUGGGCUUUUUUUACCCUUAUACAUGCAGGGAAAUGUUUUUUGAAGGAAAACUGUGGACAUGUUGUCUUCAGUGUCCCACUAAAAUUGUAGUUUGGCCAAGGUGUGUCAGAUUUUUAUUUAGUCUGGGCAUUUUCUCUGUCUCAUGGGAGUAAAAGGAUCUCAAAACAGGAGACACUGUUCAUUAUUUUUGCAUGGGCAGAAGUUGGGGCCUGAAGCAGCAGGGCAGUGUCAGUUUCUGUGGAUGGUAAGCAGUCUCCAUGGCUACCCGGGAAUUACGGCCUCCACCCUGAGAUGGUGCUUUAUAUAGGUAAUGCGUGUUUGUCACUUGGGCGACUAUGAGCAACUGCCCUGGAUCUUUGGCCCAACUGCACAUUCACCACCAGGCAUGGAAGUUACAAAUGCUCCUGGUUUUACUCCAGUGUUAAUCUGCCCUGCUUCAUGUCUUGAUAGUGCCGCUAGGAAUUUGUACUGAUCUGACCACUUGUUUGCUUUAACCAGAUUUAAGCGGAAGAGGUUAGUCGCUGUUAGAGCCACAGAGGUACCCCAGGGUCCAUGGAUUCAAUUUUGUGGGGGUGUUGUGUGCACCACUCGCUCCCAUAUUGCCCCAGCUGUGUCAAAUCACUCCUCUGUCAUCCCCUUAAGUGGACGUGAUCUUCCAGCUUGAUCUGAUUGGCCGCUGUGUCACAUGACCUGGCUGGCUGAGGUCCCCUGCAGCUCCAUGUCACUGCAACUCCAGGUUAGAUUAGUGAGGCCGAUACGUGCAGUCCUUUUUAAAGCUUGUAUGUAUAUGACAUGAAUUCAAAGGUCAGUGUGGGGAAUUUCACCUGUCCCGGAAGUAAAAGGGACAGCAUUGAUCUUGUUUUCUUUCGUUGCAAGAGUAGAUUCAUUUUUCUUCAUUGGGAAAUUUGUAGAAAUGUAUUUACAGACUUGAAUGGCAAAACCCUGUCAGUGUCACCAUUUCCCCUGUAAUAGUGUCCAAUCUCUCCCCUUGUGAGUGUAACAUUCAAGUUCUCACUGUUCUGUUACUGUGUAUUUAUAGAGCUGUGCUUACAGUUGUGCAUAUACCUGCAAUAAAAUGUACAGAACAUUA